AGGGCCGGUGGAAGGAUGAAACAAGUGGAGGAGAUGUAGCAGACAGGCGCACUAACACCACCACCAACACCCCCACACGCGCUCCACCUUGUCGGCUUCAUUCCUCUCACUCUCCGCUGUAGCAUCCUCCCUUUGUGUUUAAUUCAUUUCUCUAGCUUAGCAGCUCCGGGGUAGAAUUGAUCUGCGGCGGUGCACCGGGAGCUUCAUGGCCGCGACACUCGCGAUGAGCGGCGGCGGGCAGGAGGAUCCCUUCUACCCGCUGCAGAAGGCGAGCCUCUCCGCCGGGUUCCCCCUGGAGGACUCGGCGCUGUUCGGCUUGGACUGCAAGAUCCCGGAGGACAAACCCGGACACAUGGACUACACGCAGGUAAAAUGUGAGAUGGACAGAUAUCUCUCCCCUCAGCCUCUCUCCCUUCCCCAUCAUGCAGACAGCCAGCAGAAGUCACACAGAGACAUGGAUCACUUCUUCACCGACGACCACGCUUGCGCUCCCUACACGCUGAACAUGAAUCUUUACCUGCCCGAGGUGGCCUACCUGAGGAUGGGCUUGUGUCAGCAGGUGCGGGCCCCUCAGCACCAGAACCACACAGGUCUCACCCACAUCAAAACAGAAUCUGCCUCCCCGUGUUUCUCCCCCAACCUACAGCCGCACUGCCCCAACACUUCGCCCUCUGGGAGCUGCGGCACAUCUAGUCACGGCCCCGGCGGCAUUGCAAUGGAAGCCUCAGCCAUAAACAUGACGAUAACAGGGUUACCAGACUUCACCAGUAUUUUCAACCAGGCGGGAGGCAGCCAUGGUGGCGAUUCAGGGCCAGAAGUGUUUGUCAAACAGGAAAUGUCGUCGCAGUUCGAGCCACACGCUCUGCACCAUCACAACAACGACGGCUCGCUGUUUCAGCUCCUUAACUCCGGCUUGGAUCAUCCCCAUGGCAGUGGUAUGGCGGCUCAGCAUCAGCAGCAUCAUCGGCAGCAGCAGCAGAUACAACACACUUCCACUUCCACAAUCCACACACCUUUCCAUGAUUUGCCGGUGGCUUCUUCUGUGUCUCAGCAGGAGCAGACUGCCAAGCCCGUCUACUGUGGCCUGGGUGGGGAGGCAUACACACAUCCUCAGGCACAUCCCCAUUAUCUCCAGCAGCAGGUGCCCUACCUGCCGCCCUCUCCGCCCAGCUCGGAGCCCGGCAGCCCUGACAGGCACAAGGAGCUGCUCCACACCAUGUCCCCUCCUCCCUCGUAUGCAGCCACCAUCGCCUCCAAGUUGGCAGGUAGCACCCCGGGGCUCGGCCCCAGCCCGGGACCCGGCAGCUUGGCCCUGCCCCUUAACACAGGUCCCACACCGGUCCCAGGCCAGGCUGCAGUCCUUCCCCAAGCCCCUGCAAUAACCCCAGCCCUGACCCCAUCUCAGACCACUGUGCCUAUCCGCUACAGCCGGAGGAACAACCCUGACCUGGAGAAACGACGGAUCCACCAUUGUGAUUACCCAGGCUGCAAGAAAGUCUACACCAAGUCGUCCCAUCUGAAAGCCCACCUCCGAACUCACACGGGUGAGAAGCCGUACAGGUGCACGUGGGACAGCUGCGACUGGCGCUUUGCACGUUCAGACGAGCUGACGCGUCACUAUCGGAAGCACACGGGCGCCAAACCCUUCCAGUGCGUGGUCUGCUCGCGCGCCUUCUCCCGAUCUGACCACCUCGCCCUGCACAUGAAGAGACACCAGAACUAGCAGCAUUUCCACGAACGCCACAAAAACACAAGCACUACCCUGACACACAUAAAACACUCACUCCAUCUCCCACAACGCCAACAUUACGAGCUGCGUGACGCAGCGUUCAGCGACACCACAGCGCCUCGUGGUGCUGCUAUCACGUGCUUAAAGAGCACGAUAGCCUGGCAAACGUGUUGCUCUUCACCCAGCGUGAGAUGAUCUGGAGGUUUUAACGUAGAAAGAUGAGGGACAGAUGAAGUUCCUGGUUCUUUCACCUCCAGAUACACUUAUUUUACAAAAAUGGUAGCUCCAAAACGUGUCUCCAGUCCAUUUGGACUAUUUUAUGUGACUGGAACGAAAGCACUUACCACUCAAAUCUUUUACAUGUUCUUCUCUGUUCUAACAUAGAACUGGCUUCAUAUUUUUUUUUUAUAAAGGAGAAGCUUUUGUUUGCAAAACUAGUCAAACCAAAUCUUUGUUUACUCCGUGGUUUGUUAGUUUGUUUAUGUAACUGGAAUAGCCAGAUUUAAUUUUUUUUACCAAAUCAUUUGAUUUGCACUAGAAUUGGUGUUCGACGUCUGAGCCUUUUUGGCCCGACGCGUCUCUUCAUCACCAUUGGAACGAUCAUUAUCACUACUGGACUGAAUCCCGCCAAUCAUAACUGUUCAGAUAUUAAAAAUUGAAGGCAUUUAUUACUCUGGAGAGAGGGAAGAUAGUGCAGGGAAAAAACGAGGGAGGGGUGCAGAUGUAGAGAUUGAAAGAUUUUUUUUGAUUUUUAGAGAGAGAGGAGAUCUGAGGACAACUGAGAAAUGGAGGGAGGUGGAUGGUUGCUAAAGAGCAGCAAUUAGGUGAUGAAUUAUUCAGAUUGUGUUUGGAUGGAUUUCCAGCCAGAGAAAUCUAAGCAGGGCCCGUGGACACGUCCUAGAAUUCAUUCAGUUAAACAGAAUUGACUGUAUUUGAUGCACAAGCUUGAAUUAAGCGAUUUUGAAACUCGAUUACCGUACAUCUUUCCUCAUUUACUCCUUUCAGACGUUUAACCAAAGCAUCAUCUACAUCAACACCUUAUUAAGUGCCUCCUCCUCUGGUUUUAUGUGUUUCUGUUUAGUGGUUGCAGAGCUGUGAUCAACGUAGGCAGUCCUUAAAACACACAUGGUGCUGUUUUUAUUUGUAAAAAAAAAAAAGGAAAAGUGUAUUAAAUUACAAGGUUAACCCAUCGUUUAUUGUAAUUUUAACAGCUCAGCUCAGGCCACUUCACAGACAUCCUGAAUUUAUGUGUCUCUAAAAUGACAGUCGGAACUUUCUCUGAGGGUUUCGCGCUCUCGAACUCUGUACACAACUAACUUGCAAACGCAGCUCGAUCAGUCAGUCGAACGUGGACGCGUUGGUUUGCUAAAGGAUAGUUUCACAUUUUAAUACCCACAUGCUCAUAUGUACAUUUCACUCUGGCCUUAAUCUCUAUAAACAGAUUCUGCAUGUGAAUCUGCAGGCGAGGGACAAGACUUUGGGGCCUUCUGGUUUCCGCUUCGAGUUUGAGCAGGAUUGCAUUAAUGGAAUCCAUUAGCUAGCUUCUAAUUUAUCUGCAUUCAUGUGCAGAUAGCUGUUAAUAGAGAUGAGCCUAAAUGUUGUCUGGACCUAAAACAUUUUGAAACUAGUCAGAAUCAAAGUUCUUCUUUCAGUGUAAAAGGCACAUUCCCACAUAUGCAAAUGAAAGCCAAUAUCAGGGGUCAAAGUUCAGCAACUCUACGCAAAGCCCCGAUUUGCUUCGCCACAGGAAGCAAAUGUUUUAUUCGCCUCCUUACCUGCACUGAUUGGCAUUGAACGGAAGGCGAAGGGGAAAUAUUUGCAAAUGUGUGACCGGGCCCUAAAAAUACUAAUACGGGGCUUCAUCAUUCUGAAUCAGACUGAUAUUUUUCAAUUUGUACUGAAAAAGCGCGAAACUGUUAAGGACAAUCCCAUUUUAAUGUACAUAUGGGCAUGAACAUGUAUAGAUAAAUGUAUCCCUAUCCUUUAAUAUAACCCUCUUUGUUCAUUUUUGGUGGUGUGGUGUAGCCUGAACUCAUAACUGUACUUGUUCAUUCACUGCAGGUAGCGUUAAGAUAAUAUAGCACUGUAAUGUAUCAUGGUAAAUCUAUUUAUUUGAUUGUGUAGAAGUGGGGGUUGUGUCAGAUCCACCAUCUUUCUCCCCAGCAAAAAAUGCCUUAAUGUAAAUAUAUGCACUGUAAAUAACUUGAUUUAGUUUGUUUUAUUUUUUUCCUCUUUUUUUAUCGUUUUGUAAACAAAAGGGCAAAACGAGGAAAAUGCCCCACCUCCAAAAAUAUUUGAGCCUUCUUUCUUUUUGGUUCUUUUUCCUGUCAAAGAUAUUUUGAUGCCAUUGUUUUAUAUAUUGUCCUUCCAGCAACUUAUUUUAUAAAUCCUUGUCUUUUUUUUUUUGUUCUGUAGUAAACGUUCCAAAGACAAAAGUUGUUAUUUCUUCAACUGAGUGAAGCCGAUCCUAAUAAAGUCAAACUGACACUUUUACAGAGACGUGCUGA